AGCGCGACCUGGGCUCGCCCUGUCUCGCAGCUGCUCGGCCGUACGUAAUGAGCCGGCCCAGUGCUCCUCGCGACACUUCGUCUGCGCCGUGGAGCGAUUGAUGUAAUGGUUCCUGGGUUUGCGAGCACGCGUCCCCACCUCUCAUGCUUGUGUCAUCCAUCCUGCUUGCUUGCUCCUGAUAAACCGCCGCCGUCCAAAGCCUAGCUUCUCUCCGCUGUCGUCUCUUGCUUCUCUUUUUCGUUCAAUUGCAUCUUUCAGGAUCGGUCCUCCAUUCGCGGACAUAAUUGCUACUGGUUCAAGAGUAGCCCGUCUCGUUCUCAUACCAUUGUUGCCCAUUUGUGUCACUAGAGUCCUCCCUGGGACACUCCCACGACCGCCAUGCUGCGAGGCACGAGACCUGUUGCCCAGCGCGCUCUGGGCCUCAUCCAGCGAUCCAAUGCCGCGAAAUCCCAAUUGAGCUUCACCCGUACCAUCACGACUCGUCCUACGCGGCCAAGACCACUCGCAGCUGCCCUCGACGGCCGAUUGCCCCAGAAAGCAUCGUACGCGGACAAGCCCCCGCCGCCGCCACUGCAGGUGGGCAGAGACGCCGAGGAGGAGAAGCGGCUGGGCCAGCAAAAGCUCGAGUCCGACCCCUCGGCGGUGUCAACGCAGUCUUCCGUGCGGCAUGUCUACGAGCCCGCAUCGCCACAAGCCGAGAGUGCGGCCAAGGCGGACGUGUCGGAUGGUCUGAAGCAUGACCUCGGAAUCGUCAAAGACACCUUUUCCGUAGCUCACGUCCCUCGGGAGUCCUAUGUGCUAGGCCUAGCCGGAACCUUGCCAUACCUCGCCACCUCGAUGUCCACCGUCUUCCUCUCGUGGAACCUCAACACGGAACCCACCGGCUCAGGCUUCCUCAACACUUUUAUGCUCAGCCACGACUCGGCGCACUGGUGGCUCGGCGUCAUCGAGCCCAUCCAGCUCGGCUACGGCGCGGUCAUCAUCAGCUUCCUCGGCGCGAUCCACUGGGGCCUCGAGUACGCCGAGAAGAAGCCAAGCCGCGACCGGACCCGGUUCCGGUACGGCCUGGGAGUCCUGGCCUCGGUCGCCGCCUGGCCCACCAUGUUCCUGCCCAUCGAGUUCGCGCUGACCUCGCAGCUCGCGGCGUUCACGGGGCUCUACUUUGCCGACACCACUGCCACCAAGAGGGGCUGGGCCCCGUACUGGUACUCGUCUUACCGCUUCGUCCUGACGGCCAUUGUCGGUGCUGCCAUCACCAUCAGCCUCAUCGGCCGGGCCAAGGUCGGAGACGCCAAGCCCCGCCUCUCGGGACUGUCGCGCAAGUUCCACGAGAACCACGGCGAGGAGGCCUGGAGUGAAAAGUGGGCUCAGCUCGAGGACGAGGAGAAGGAAAAGAUCAAGAAGCAGAAGGAGGAAGAAGAGCAGAAGCGCAAGGAGGAGGAGAGGAAGGCAGAGGAAGAGGAGAAGAAGAACAAGAAGAAGGGCUCCAAGGGCAAGGAUGAGGAGAAGAAGAAGGGCAAGGAAGCGGAGAAGAACGAAGAGAAGCAAGACGAAGGCGACGACUCGGCCAGCGAUGAGUCCAAUGAUGAGUCCGGCGAUGAGGGUGGUGAACAGCCCGAACAGAAGGAUGAGAGUGAUGAGAAGGCGGAAAAGCAGGAGAAGAAGGACACCAAGGCUGAGAAGAAGGAUGACAAGGCCGAGAAGAAGGAUGACAAGGCUGAGAAGAAGGAAGAGGCUGGCGAUGAUCAAAAGGAAGGCGAAGGUGAGGACAGCGCCAAGGAUGAGAAGAAGGAGGGCGACGAGCAGAAGGAUGAUAAAGAGGCCAAGGAUGACUCCAAGGGCAAAGAGAAGAAGGGCAAGAAAUGAUCUAGCUCAUCUGCCUGUUAUACUGGAGUUGUUGCGGAACCGAGGAAGAUGGGCGUUAGGCGUUGAGUGAAUUCCUCGGGAUUCCUUUUGCUUUUCGAAUCCAUCAAGCGUAUUUCUCGUGUAGUUUCUCAACAUGGCUGUUAACACAAGAUGGCAUAUUGAUACGUGCUAAAUGUUGUUAACUUGAUAACAUUGCCGCG